CUAGGAGAGUAGGGGGAAAGUAGAGAAGUGAGGCAAAUGACGGACAUGGAUCUGCGCCACAAGCUCAACAAAGAACACGAAGGUCGCCGCAGGAUGCAGCCACAACAAACCUUCAGGCGCCCGGGCCAGGACCAAGCACAAGAGGGCAAUUCUAACCCCAAUUCAGGUAUGUUGUGCUACAAUUGCCAUCAAUCUGGCCACCACAGAUCUCAGUGCCCAAACCCAUCGUUUUGCUAUGGUUGCAAACAGACUGGCCACAUAUCAUCUAAAUGCCCAAUAGCCAAAGCAAACAAGGGAUUGAAGCUCUGUGGUUUUGGAAUGCCUGGUCAGUUGUUUUAUAGCCUGAACAUCACGGAGAAAAAAAGAGUUGAGUCAGUAGAGGUGGGGAAAUAGUUAAGAGCCAUAGUGACUGUCACUGAAGGCAGAGGGACAAGAUUCAGAAUUUCAAAGGAGUUGAACUAUUUGGUGGGGUCUGAGGUUGACUGGCAAGUCAAAAGAAUGUCCACAAACGAGUUCAUGAUCACUGUGCCGUCAGUCCAAUCCUCACCCUGCUACAAAGAAUGGGAACAAUCAAAUUCACAUGCUUUGAUAUCUAGGCCACGGUACAGGAGACAGAUAGGGACCCUGAGUCCUUUCAUAUGUUACAAACAAUUUGGGUGAAAGCUGAAGGGAUACCUAAGAUUGCAAAAAAAGAAACACAUGUCAUGGAGCUUGCCUAUUUGGUGGGGGAUCCUGAAGAAGUGUUCUUGGACUCACUAGAUUGGAAAGAGGUCUGGAUUAAAGUGUCUUGCAAGGACCCGAAGAAAAUUGCUGGCACAUCAGAGGUGUACAUCAACAAGCAAGGGCACAAAAUCACCUGGACAGUUGCUGAAAAAGGCCCAACAAAAAUGCAGAAACCAGCGGAUGUGAUCAGAAAUAAUGAUGAUGAUGCAACGGACGAGGAUGAGCCGGAAUCCCAAGAUAGUUAUGGGCAACUUGACAGUGAUUGGCUGAAAUCCGGUACCCCCUCCCCUGGGGGGAAGAACGAAUACUACAAAGAAAACAGAAUCUACCAGCCAGACGAGAGUGGAAAGAAACACUACCAAGUUGUGCAAGUUAUGUCGAGUGAGAUGACAGUAGAGUUAUUUGAUACACCCAGUCCAGGGGGCUCAGGCAAAAAAGGAAGCCCCUACCUAGUUCACUCCGCUGAUGACACAAAGCAAAUGCAGGAGUCUGAAAUUGGGCAGGACUUUAUCAUAGGGCUGGUGAGGCAUGCACUAGAUACAGAUCAACGGGCUCCUCCAGAAGGUUCACAGAUGAAGGGAGUUCAACACCAACCGACUAAAGCCUCUCGAUGGAGUCAAAGGGCACCCAGGACAGGGACGCCGGUUGAAGCACUACUGGAGCGCAGGAAGAAGGAUCAGAACCUCCAAAACACAGGUGCUCUUUGGACGCUAUGGAAAACAAGAAAUGAUCUCAUCUUCAAUGCCAAGAUUGAGCUGGCACCGGUGGUGGUGAUUCACAAAACCAUCGCAUUACUAACGCAUUGGAAGAUCCUUCUAAAGAAGAAAGACCAAGCCAAGAUGGAGCUUAUGAUCGGAGAGAUGUCAGCGAGUGCGCUGUCAAUUUAGUUCGCAUCUAUUUCUACUUCGUUUUGGUUGUGCCGUCUAGGACUUGGCUGUCGUAGCUUUAGAGUAGAACUGGCUCGGUAGAGGUAUCAUCCAUUUUGCACUUUAUGCUACUCUGUUGCCCUGUGCCAGGGGGGCGUCCGAGUGCCCUCUCGUUCUUUUGUAAAACCGGUCUCCACGGUAAUGUCGAUCAUUGUAAAGACGCGAUACGCUUUCAAUAUAAAGUUGGGCGCCUUUGCCUUUGGUCGAAAAAAA